AUAAUAACUGCCUAACAAACUCGACUACCCAGUUGAGAGUCCCUUAAUACGUCAUCGGUCUAAUAUAAUAAAACCAACCUGUUGACGAGCUGAUCUCAUCCAAGCGACAAUAAAUAAAAUAUAAAACGACAACCAAUGUUUAGCUCAUGAAAAUUCUGGAAUCAAGAAUUUUCCAUAGGAGGAGGACGGCACACCAGAGUUGCUGGCCGCAGGCAGCUCACCACUACCGCCACUGUGCUGCCAGAAUCAACAUUAUUAGAUAUCACGUAUUAGCAGAAAGGCUGAGAAAAGGAAAAACUCAAGCUACAUUGUUUUAUUGCCUUUGCAAUGGAGAAGCCUUCCUUUUUCGACAAAAUGAUGCUUAAUCUCCGUGCGACUUGCAGGUAUUAUACUGGAUAUCCAAAGGAUCUUGGGCCAUCAAGGGUUAUUCAUUUUACUUCAGAGCGGGAGUUUGUCCAGCUUCUUCAUCAAGGUUACCCUGUGGUUGUUGCAUUUACCAUCAAAUGUAACCUUACAAAGCAUCUUGACAAAGUUCUCGAGGAAGCAGCAGUCAAAUUCUAUCCUCAUGUAAAAUUUUUGCGUGUUGAGUGCCCAAAGUAUCCUGGGUUUUGUAUAUCUCGCCAGAAGACGGAAUAUCCAUUUAUUGAGAUAUUUCACAGUCCUGAACAAGCAAUUAAUCAUGGAAGGGUUGCUGAUCCAAAUAUUACAAAAUACUCUGUGCAAGUUUUACCUUUCAACUAUGAUGCCAGCACCUAUGGUUUCAGAGAAUUUUUCAAGCGCCAUAGCAUACAUCAUUCUGGUCCUAGGUGAAACUUUACUGAGUUCAGCUUUUUCCAAGCGCCAUGGCAUACAGCAUUCUGGUCCUAGGUGAAAACUUUACUGGUUCAGCUUUAUGUAUAUACUCCAACUGCAGUAGGAUAUGGCUUCUGAACUUGGAACUCUUCUGGCGUUUAAUUUUUCUGGGGAAGAAUUUGGAGUGUACUUGAUUUGCUAAGGAUAUAUAAGUCCUGAAUUUGGCUUUCAGAUGGUUUAAGUACUUGACAAACUUGACAAACAUCAAUCCAGUACGUAAAGCACUGCUUCUUUGUUACCCCAAUGUUUUAGUUGCAAAACCAGGAAGUACAAGAGCACGAGGUGCUCUUCCUUCAUGUAGGAUUUAAUAUUUUAGCCGCUGGAAAUUUUGAAUCUUUCAUGCGUUUUGAGAAUUUAAUCCUUGCUUUUGGUUUGUUCCA